AGAGGCCUUAGAAUGAAACCUACCUGUUCACAAACUUCCCAGCCUUCAAAACUAUGAGAAAUAAAUACCUGCUGUUUACACCCAGUCUAUGCUGUUUCCUUAUGGCAACUCAAGAAGACUAAGACACCUAUUUGUGCUACAGAUGUGAAAGCAUGGAGCUGGACAAAAAAAUCCAGGAUCUGAUUGAGAGAAAUGCUUCUCCUCAUCCAAAAGGGUUCACCCCACAGGCCGUGCCAACUCACAGAAAUCUGUGUUCUCCGAGGACUCCAGGAAAAACAGCUUCCAUGGCACAUUUUGUACAGGGCACAUCUAGAAUGACUGCUGCAGAACGUUCUACAGAGCAUAACGAGUGUGCUGAAUCAUCAACAAGAAAGAACUUGACAAAUUCUCUUGAACAAAAGAUAAGGUGUUUAGAAAAACAGAGAAAAGAGCUCCUGGAAGUUAACCAGCAAUGGGAUCAGCAAUUUAGAAGUAUGAAAGAGUUAUAUGAAAGAAAGGUAGCAGAGCUGAAGACGAAACUGGACGCCGCAGAAAGAUUCCUCAGCCUGCGAGAGAAGGAGCGGCAUGAGAGGCAGAGAGAGGACGACAGGCAGAGAGAGGACGACCCGCAGCGCGACCUGACCCGGGACCGGCUGCAGCGGGAGGAGAAGGAAAAGGAACGCCUAAAUGAAGAAUUACAUGAAUUGAAGGAAGAGAAUAAGCUUUUAAAGGAAAAAAAUGCUCUUGUGAACGAGGAGAAGGAACAUUAUGAAUGUGAAAUAAAACGCCUUAAUAAGGUUCUUCAGGAUGCCUUGAAUUUCAAGUGUUCAUUUUCUGAGGACUGUUUGAGGAAGUCUCGAGUGGAAUUUUGCCAUGAGGAGAUGAGAACAGAAAUGGAAGUUCUGAAGCAGCAGGUGCAAAUAUACGAAGAAGACUUCAAAAAGGAACGAUCAGAUCGAGAGAGACUUAAUCAAGAGAAAGAGGAGCUACAGCAAAUUAAUGAAACUUCCCAAUCCCAGUUGAACAGGCUGAAUUCCCAGAUAAAAGCUUGUCAGAUGGAGAAAGAAAAACUAGAAAAGCAAUUAAAGCAGAUGUAUUUCCCAACCUGUAACUGCGGCUUGGUUUUCCACCUGCAAGAUCCAUGGCUACCAACAGGCGCUGGAGCUGUGCAGAAGCGACGGGAGCACCCACCAGACUAUCAGUGGUAUGCUCUUGACCAGCUUCCGCCAGAUGUACAACACAAGGCAAAUGGUUUCUCCUCAGAAAAGAAAGUCAAUCAGUAGAAGUACACACUAACAGAGAGGGACAACAGGCAACGGAGGACCGUGGCUGAGGACCCUCUUCUUUGUUUAUACAGAGGCUUGUUUCUGCCACGAAGGCACAUCAUCUACCCUGUUAUUUGUGCCUGGUCAUGUUUCCCUUUGGCCUGAAUACAGGAAAAGGCUUCUGACAGCUGAGAUCCUGAUCAAAUCGGAGGAGUCCGUUAUUAUACAACCAAAUACAACUUCCGGUUUCCUUGAAAUGAGACGGCAGAUGGAUGAUGCACGACUCCCUGAAAAUCUCUUCAGCAUAUUGCUGUUUGAUGCACAAAAGGGAUUCUACGAUUUAAGCAGCUCAAUGUUUGGUGCAGGGAUAUUGUAUGUUGAUUUAAAGUGCAUAUAUACGUGUGUGUGUGUGUGUGUGUGUUUCCUGGGGUAAAAAUUUCUGCAGUUGUAAAUUUUUAACAUUGCUCCCAGUCUUUUUCCACAGGGCCUUAGUUCUUUAGCCAUUUGACCAGAUGUCGUUGACCUCAGUGAACCUAAACAUAGAAUGGAAGAGGUGUAUAAAUCUCGUUAAAUUAAAUAAGUGGUUCAAUCUGAAUAAAAUCGUAAAUUGGAAGCUAUUCCUUAAA